AUGGCGUUGCCCACUCUUACGGCGGUUCCAGAUUGCGCAAACUUCACAUUGACCGUUCAGCCCUUUCUCUCUCAAUUCAUAUCCCUGCCGCCGCAGAUAUUCGAAGCCGGACGCGACUUUGAAUCCCUCAAAAACAUUUAUGUCAACACGAAUCCUCUAGUCACAGCGGUCGCGUUUUCGUUGCUGCUUGUGCCAUUGCUGCUGAUUGUGUCAGAAAUCAAUAGGAACUACUCUCAAGUUGACCGGCUGUGGAGCAUUCUACCAUCUGUUUAUAAUGGUCAUUACGUUCUGUGGUCUUAUCUGAAUGGUGUCUCAACAGAUCGAACCUGGACUAUUUUUGUCUGCACCUUAAUCUGGAGCGCCCGCUUGACAUACAACUAUUGGAGGAAAGGUGGCUACUCGAUCGGCUCCGAGGACUACCGGUGGACUAUUGUCCGCGAAAAAAUCAACAAUGGUUUCCUUUUGUUCCUCUUUAAUAUCUUCUUCAUCUCCCUGACGCAAUCCCUUCUUUUGCUCAUGAUCACCGCUCCCACCUACGUGUUCCUCGUCCUGAAUACCGUCGGCACCGCACCAGCAUUCGGAUUGCCAGAUCUCGCAUUCUCCCGUGGCAUGAUCUUUUUCAUUAUCAUCGAAUACUUCGCCGACCAACAACAAUGGGAUUUCCAGAAGGCGAAGCAGUCCUACCAACAGACCGCCCGUGUGCCCACAGAAUACAAGUCUACUUUCUCCGCCGAUGACCUUAACCGUGGAUUUGUUAUCAGCGGUCUCUGGUCCUGGUGUCGCCAUCCCAAUUUCGCCGCAGAGCAAGCGGUUUGGCUCAUGCUAUACGCUUGGUCUUGCUACGCGACGCAGACGUACAUCAAUUGGAGCGGCGCCGGUGUUUUGGCAUAUAUCCUGUUAUUCCAGGGAAGCACCAUCCUGACCGAAUCUAUCAGCGCGAGCAAGUAUCCUGAAUAUGACGAUUAUCAGUAUUUAGUCGGCAAGUUCAUUCCUAUCCCGUGGCUCGGCUCCGGACACAAGGCGAUGUCCAAGAAAAAGAAAACUUCGCACAAGCAAAAGAGGGAGAAGAAAACAGAAUAA